GAACGAAACUAGGUAUUGCUUCCCCUCCCAGGGGAUUAAAGGUCACCCAUAGAACGUAUCGUUAUUCCAUUGGGCAGAGGUCCAAGCAACUAGCAACAAACUUGAUAGGUUAUCUAUCAUUUCGGCACUCGGUAUGAGCCAACUUUCAACUUGUUUCAACGGGAAAUCAACGAAGAUGGAGCCUAAGGCAAAUAAGAAUUCUCACGUUCUUAUGUUUGGCCUUUCAUUUAAUUUAAUCCUGACGUUGGGCUCACUUGGUUUCACGUGUUAUUCUCUGCAUCGAUCAUCGAAGUUAGACUUGCGUUUAACAUCACUUGAGCAAAACUUAUUGCUUACAAACCCUCUGUAUCAGCUUUCCAAUUCUGUGAUUGUAGAACCAACAUCUGCACAUACUCACCCAAGUGGAUCAUUAAAGAAAGAAACGGCUCGCGUCCGGAGAGCUGCUGAACGACCCACCGUGUGCCGCAAAUGUAAAACCGUCUGCGUGCGCUCGAAUGGCCAGCGAAGGAAUUCAUUCGUGGAAAGAAGCCAAGGAAACGUUGUUUGCGUUGAGGGCCCACCAGGUCCUCCCGGUAUACCUGGACGCACUGGUCCCCAGGGCCCACCUGGAUCGAACGGUAGGAGAGGAAAAAAAGGACCAAGGGGUGUGCCUGGCCCUCAGGGAAUACGUGGUAUAAGAGGACCACCGGGAUCCCCUGGCAAAUCAGCGCAACAGAGAACACAACAUAGCGAUGGAGGUCAGUUAGAAUUGCCACAAUUCAUUUCAAAGCCUUCCUCCACCGUAACAGUGAAAGAGACAGAAAAUGUCCAAAUGCCUUGUAAAGCAAAUGGCUUCCCACAACCCAUGAUCACGUGGUACAAAAAUGGACACCCGAUAGAGCAGGACGAGAGGUACUUUGGAGAAAGGAGUCUGGAAUUAGAGAGAGUUCAAUUCCAGGAUCGUGGUGUCUACACCUGUACAGGGGAAAAUCUUCUGGGCAGAGCAGAAUCAUCCGUCAACGUCACCGUGAAAGUACCAGCAAAGUUUCUUACUGAACCUAAGCGUUCCGUAACCGCUUACAAGACAUGGGACACCUUGCUCCAAUGUGACAUCUUCGGGUACCCCUCCCCUGUGAUAACAUGGAGAAGAUCUGGCGAACACCUUUCAAUCAACAGGCAUUUUAUUAACGGAUCCCAGCUUAUCAUUCAAAAUACAACAGAGGACGAUGCUGGCGCUUACCUUUGUCAGGGAACCAACCAACUGGCAAAUGUCGUGAGAGUGAUAUGGGUCGUUGUUAAAGUUGUUGUGAAUCCCUACAUUGUGUCAAGUCCUCCCAAUACAAUUAAAGUCCAACAUGUUGGUGAUGCUGUGACAUUAAACUGUUCAGCUGGUGGUUCGCCUCUACCCAAAGUCGUGUGGCUCAAAGAUCGUCGACGUGUUGCCUCAAGAACCGCAAACGACAAGAAUGAUUUGAUAAAGAGUGAAUUAGUCAUUCAUCACUUCAAGCCACGUGACUCUGGAAUCUACACAUGUCUAUUUUAUAACGACAAGAAUGUAACAGCGGAAUCCAACACAAGCCUGAGUUUGUCGCAUUUUAUUUAUCUUCAUUAUAUUACUCAAAGUUUAUAUCUUCUUUUUAUCGAAUGAACUGGAAAUGAUUCACUCCUGCGCGGUAAGACAGCCCGCAUUUAACAUUUUGUGAGUGCAUGUGUGUGUGUGUGUGUGUGUGUGUGUGUGUGUGUGUGUGUGUGUGUGUGUAUGUGUGUGUUUUUAUGAAACUUGUAUCUAUUUCAAUUAAUUAAGAGAGAAAUUAAGAAUCGCCCAUCGUCAAGUAUUCAGUCCUCUCUUCCUUUCUCCCACUCUCCCUUUUGUUGUAAUUGUUGUUUUGGUUUUUUUUUUNU